AUGAAGAUCACCGAAGAAGCUUCCUCAAAGAACGCCGCCUCCUCCGCCGAGCAAGUCACCACCUCAGCCGCUCAGGCCACUGGCUCACCCGCCGAUCAGGUCGCCGCCUCCACUUCUACGAAGGUCUCGGCCUCCUCCGUCGCGCAAAUCAACACGGUCCUGGCUUCGAAGGUUGCUCCGACUGAAUCUGCGUCCGCCGCGAAGACCUCACUGCUUUCUGCCGCGAAGACCUCACUGCCGUCCGCCGCGAUGAUCACCGGAUCCUCCGCCGCGAUGAGCACCGGCUCCUCCGCUGAAAUCAUCACCAGCUCCUCCGCCGCGAAUAAUUCUGGAGAGAGGUGUCAUUUCCGGUGCGAAGUUCGCUCCGAAGGAUUCAGAUCCGAAGCUCGCUUCGAAGGAAUCGGCUCCGAAGGUCACUCUGAAGGAAUCUGCGUCUGCCGAAGAUUCAGAUCCGAAGCUCGCUCCAAAGAAAUCGGCUCCGAAGGUCACUCUGAAGGAAUCUGCGUCCGCCGAAGAUAUUCUCCCAUUGAAAUUUGCGCUCCGAAGGAUUCACAUCCGAAGCUCGCUCCGAAGGAAUCGGCUCCGAAGGAAUAUGGUCUGCCGAAACCAGAUUCCUUUAGAGUGACCUUCGGAGCCGAUUCCUUCGGAGCGAGCUUCGGAUCUGAAUCCUUUGGAGCGCAAAUUUCAAUGGGAGAAUAUCCUGAUAACAUUGAUGACUUCAAAAGGGCUGAAUUGGAGUGGAAAAUCAGUGUUGCUUCCAAGUAUUCUGGUUGUUCCAUCUUUGAAUACGAAGACAGCAUCCUCUACCAUAGAGGGUAUAAACGUUGGCCUAAGGAAGAUCAAGAAGCGCUUCUUGAUGGGGUGGAGAGCUGCCAACAUGAGAACGUUUGCAUUUAGCAGGGAUAGCUCAAUGCUCAUUGUUCUUCAGAACAUUGAAAACUCCAAGGGAAUGGGAUUUGUAGCUGGUUUGUUGCUUCUUUAGAUGAGUGAAGAAGAUCCCUUCUGGUUGUUAGUUCCGUGCUCCAGUGGAAGGGUUAUAUCAGGUAAUGUUGUGUUAAAUAGCAAUUCCAAAGUGUUUGUAAUGAAGGUAAUGCUUUUAGAAAAUGUUCAACCCUAGUGUAGUUCAAAUCUAGGGCUUACAGUUUACUUAUGCAUAACAUUAGCUAUCUAGUAAGCUCAUUGGCUAUGCUACAUCAUACACCAGAUGUAGUUGUUCGAUUGAAAGCUCGGAUUGGCUUUCCUUUCGAGCGACCUUGCAGUGAGUGUCCAUGUUGGAAUAUUUAAUAUUCAAUACUUGGGGAAUCAACUAAUGUAAUGUGAGCCGAUGAUGAGUAUACAGUGUAUAAUUCAAGGAGCGUUUAUGUCAGACUCUUAGGCUGAAUCACUUUUUCCAUUAUUGACUAUAGGUUCUUAAGAAAACAAUACAUAAUAAUAAAGCUUUCUUCUGUAUUUUCAGGAAGAAUGUUUUGUUUCAAAACUUCAGAAUAGAUAAGGGGUGUGGAAAGUAGAUUUUUUGAAGCCAGAGUAGAAACAACUCACCAGAUAUCUGAUUCUUCUAUUGUUUCAACAUGGUUUCUGUUUCUCUUUGCUAUAAUCUGAAAAUACGCGACUUUUGUGUGACCUUAAAUAAACAAAUGAUGUGAAACCAGCUUGGCUUCUGCUGACUUGAGGUGAAACCAGCUUUAGACUGUAUAUCUUACAGCUUCAUCAAGAUUGCCUUUUGUUCUGCAAACAUUUUUGGACAGCUUCUCUACUACCUAGACUGAUUGUUUUUAUCCGUUUCUCGUGAAUAAAGAAAGAAAAGAGCUUGUCCCCGCCC